ACAUGUCUUUGGAGGUACGGCGACAGAUUACCGAAGAAAAAGAAGCAGGAACUGCUGGAUUAAAUGUGUAAGAAGAAAAGAUGGAGAAGGUGAUCAGCUGUUUCAUGACCAGGCCUGAAGCUGUGGCCCGGCUCAUCUGUUUCCCCUGGGCAGGUGGAGGCUCCAUACACUACGCUCGCUGGGGAAACGUCCUCAGCAGUUCAGUGGAAGUAUAUGCUGUCAAACUUCCUGGAAGAGAGGCUCGAGCCAAAGAGCCAUGCUUUCAAAACAUGCAGCAGAUCGUGGAUGAGGUCAUCAGCGUUUUGUUGCCAGCACUGAAAGAGAAGCCAUUCGCUCUUUUUGGCCACAGUUUUGGUGCCUUUACCAGUUUUGCCGUAGCUGAUGCCCUGAAGAAGCUGCACAACCUGGAGCCAGUUCACAUCUUCCUGUCUGGAGCCUCAGCACCUUAUUCAGAGAUAAGAAUCAAAACUCCAAGAAGAAGCAAUUUGUCCGAUGACGACUUCCUCAAAUGGAUGACUUCAAUUGGUGGAACUCCUCCUGAGCUUCUCUCCAACCCUGAAAUUCUACAGCUUUUUCUGCCUGCCCUCAAGGCCGAUCUGCACAUCGUGGAGAACUACAGGUGUAACAAGCCUGAAAAGCCCUUCCUCUCCUGCCCUGUCACCUGUUUUGAUGGAAAAGAGGACAUGCCCCAUGACUUACAAGCUUGGAAAGACAUCACCUCUGGAGAUUUCACCAUCAGGAUGCUGGAAGGUUCUCAUUUCUACCUGAAGGAGGCAGCAAAUGAAAAACACAUUUUGGACUAUGUGACCAAUCAUCUGGAAGCUUGUGAAAUGGACUAUUUCUGAUGUAAUAUAAACUGUAGAACAUUUUAUCAUUGUACAUUUCCUUACUAACAUAUGACUCAUUGUACCGAAUGAUAAAGUUAAUUUAAUAUGUACAAUUUUUAUAAAACCUCCUUUUACAAAUUAAAUACAAAUGUUCAAAAUUAUUUGAAUGAGAAUGAGCUUCUUUUAUGUCUCUUACUUUUUGUUUUCCUGAAGGAACCACAAUAAAUACAUUUUAAAUAAAUUGAUUUUAUAUUUAUUAAAUAUAUGCAAAUAUGAUCUAUUACAAACGUCGUUAUGUGACAAAAAGGGGUUGUAAAUUUGCGUGAUAUCGUGUUAGUUAUUAGAGAUCGUAAAAAUGCCAAAGGUUUGUUUUAGAUUGUCUGCUUUGGGCUCACGUAGAAAACCUGGGAUUCAAGAUGGCCGCCCCCAUAAAGUCCGCAGGUAGCCAUCUUGGAUCACAAAAUGACUUCAUCGACAGCUAUAAAUUGUCAUUUAAGUUAAUUUUAUUCCACAGCGCUGGGCUACUACUCUCUUUAAUUUAAUUUUAAAAACGUUUUAAACGUCUAUUCAAUGAUAUUAUAAUGUAGUAUAUUUUUAUAAUUAAGCAUUUGAUUAAAGAUUAAAAGAUAACGAAAUUAAUUUCUUUCUUUACCUCCAGAAAAGUUACAAAACAACGAUAAGAAUUGAUCAAAUUUACAUUAAAAUAAAUUUAAAAGAGCUGCACUAAAAUAUUCAUGUGCUUCUUGUAAUAUUAAUAAAAACAUCAAACCUGUUUUAAAUCUUUUUUAAAGAAUAAUCUCAAAAUCAGCCUCGAUGAAGUCAGAGUUUUUCUUUCAUCCUUUGUAAAUUCUGGAUGUUCACUUUUAUUUAAUUUCUUUAUUUAUAUAAUCAUUAUUUAAACACUCAAACACACAAAACCAUGCCAGCUCUGAGGAGCACAAAGCUUCUUUGGUGUAAAAAUAUAAUGUCAGCAUUCCUUGUUUUGGAUACGUCACAUUUUACAGUGGUUUGACUCUUCAAGUAGAACAUCUGACCUCACAGCAGUGAGCUCACUGAUAUUAGAUAAAAAAAACAAAAAAGUAAUAUUAUUAACAUUCAGAUUACAGGAGUAAAGGUGAUUUAGGUGAAGUGAAACAACAUAAA